AGCCCGCUUCACCCGCACAUCAGCGCACAGACGAAGCCCGAGACGGCACCGAGACAUUUCCAAACUUCGCGUUUAAAUUACAAACCGCGACAGCCGUGGGUGAAGCCGCGGGAGAGGUUCGAUUGCCGCUGCCUCCGGGCGACCGCUGCUUCGGUUUUGCGGCCUUGCGGGGCCAACAGGUGACGGUAGCCCCCGCUUUGACGGGGCAGGCCGCAGCAGGCCUCCGCGGAGCCUUACGUGUUUCCUGAGCGGCCUCCCCCCAUGGCCUCGGGCAGCGACUCGGCUGACGAGGAGUUCUUCGACGCUGAGGAUGACGUGGACUCGACUCCGUCGCGGCGUUCGUCUUCAAAGAAGCUGAUCAAGAACCCAGCAGUGUCUGAUGAAGCUGUCGGAAAAGAUUCUGGUGGUGGUGGAACAGCGUGUGCUGCUGCUCUUGCAGAUGCAGAGAAGGAUGACUUGCAGAGCCACAGCACACAGCGCAAGCCAGAGGAGCCGCCCCGGCCGCCCCAAGCAACUGAUCACCGCUUGAUCAAUGAACUCGCCUUGCGAGAUGGCAGUAACACCGCCGCUCCUCCACCUUCGGUCAUUGCAGCAAAACUUGAACCGCUAUCACCGUUGCCGCUGCUAUCACCACCGGUGGAGGUAGAAAGAGAGGAUCAGAAGAAGCAGGGGGGGGAGCAAGGUAACUCCGAUGGCACAAGCGUGGCGGUGACAGCCGCCGAAGGAUCAAUCGUCUCCCCAGAAGAAAACUGCCGCCCCCUUGUCGUGGGCAGUGCGGCGAUGCCGGAGGUGGUGGCGCACGCCCUGGAGGCCGCCGACAAAAAAUCUGAGUACGAUGGCGACAAAGCAGGAGCACAGGGCGAGCAAAACGACGUGGAGGCGUCGGCGGAAGGAGGAAGCGAAAGGGGGAGCAGCGGAGCCAAGCCGGGAGCCGAUCCGCCGGCCGGAAAGGAACCCGUAGAACCAGCGGAUUCGAGUACAACCGCCGCUGCCACCGAUCGCUCGGCGAGAGCCUCGCAGGAGCCCGACAUCGUGGCGAGCCACAAGAAGCCACCGCCGCCACGGCCACAAGUGCCGCCCCCCCGCGUGCCGGCGGUUCAUGCGCAGCCACAGCAACAGCAGCCACAGCAGCAGCAGCCCCAGCAGCAGCAGCAGCAGCUAAUGCCGCCUCCACGGCCACCCCCUCCACAGAGACCUAAGAAGGUAGAGGGGCAGCCGUCGCUGGAGGAGGUGAAGAGGCCAACUCUGCUGGAAGUCCCACAAGAGCCCGUGUCUCCAAGCGGUCUGGUGAGCCCCAACACAGCCGUGGAGAAUCUUGCCAAGGAGCUCCAGUCCCUGGAUCUCGCCAGUCUCACGGCAGGGGAAAAGGUCAUCGAGGCACAGGAGAAGGAUGCUGGUGGAGCUGACAGUCGACCAGCAGCUAAAGCUGAUCGCCCACGCUCCAAUUCUGGACGGGAUCUCACCGACGAGGAAAUCCUUGCGAUGGUGAUCGUCAAGAACCUGGACACGGGAGAGGAGAUUCCGCUGAACCAGGCCGAAGAGAAACUCCCAAAAGGCCACAACCCCUUGGCUUUGCACAUCAUGCGGCGCACUAAGGAGUUCAUCAGCAGCAUAGGUGCAGCGGGCUCGGACGACGAGGAGAAGUGCCAACCUCAAGGAGUGGAACAGGACGGCAAAAAACUCAAGCAGAAAACAGUUCAGCUGAAGCGGUUCCUCGGGAAAUCGAUGAAGAAGGCCAAGGUGUUGGCCGAGGAGUACGGCGAGCGGGCCGUCAGCAAAGUGCGCAGCGUGCGGGACGAAGUGCUGCACGGGGAGCAGGAGGAUCAGUCGAGCGACGAGGAGGAGGGGAUGCCAUACACGAGGCCCGUUAAGUUCCGCGCCGCACACGGCUACAAGGGGCCCUACGACUUCGACCAGAUCGUCAUGGUGCAGGACCUGAGCCAGGAGCACAAGGGCGCCGUGUGGACCAUGAAGUUCUCGCACUGUGGGCGGCUGCUCGCGACGGCCGGGCAGGACAACGUGGUUCGCAUCUGGGUGCUCAAGCAGGCGCACGAGUUCUUCAGCAACAUGCGGCAGAAGUACAACACGGAGGGCCGGGUGUCUCCCUCUCCUUCCCAGGACAGCCUGAGCUCCAUCAAGUCAGAGACAGAGAUCGGCUCUCCGGACGACGCUGAAAGGAGCGACAGUGCGGCGCCCUUCAGGAGACAGCCUUUCUGUAAAUACAGCGGACACACGGCCGACCUGCUUGACCUGUCGUGGUCAAAGAACUACUUCCUGCUGUCGUCCUCGAUGGACAAAACGGUGCGGCUGUGGCACAUCUCGCGCAAGGAGUGCCUCUGCUGCUUCCAGCACAUCGACUUUGUCACCGCCAUCGCCUUCCACCCGCGGGACGACCGCUACUUCUUGAGCGGCUCGCUGGAUGGCAAGCUGCGCCUGUGGAACAUUCCCGAGAAGAAAGUGGCUCUCUGGAACGAGGUGGACGGGGCCACCAAGCUCAUCACGGCCGCCAACUUCUGCCAAAACGGCAAAUUCGCCGUCAUCGGCACUUACGACGGGCGCUGCGUUUUCUACGAGACGGAGCACCUCAAGUACUUCACGCAGAUCCACGUGCGAUCCAGCCGAGGACGCAACCGCGUCGGGCGCAAGAUCACGGGGAUCGAGCCCCUUCCCGCGGAGAACAAGAUCCUCGUGACUUCAAAUGACUCGCGAAUCCGCCUCUACGACCUCCGCGACCUCUCGCUCUGCAUCAAGUACAAGGGCAGCCUCAACAACAGCAGCCAGAUUAAAGCCAGCUUCAGUCACAACUUUCAGCACAUGGUGUCUGGAUCCGAGGACCGCUACGUGUACCUGUGGAAGACCUACCAUGACGUCAACCGCUUCUCCUCCGUCCGCAGGGACCGCAACGAUUACUGGGAGGGCUUCAAGGCUCACAACGCAGUCGUGACGUCGGCGAUCUUCUCGCCCCAUCCUGCGCUCAUCACCGGCUCGGACGUUCCGACGGUCGAGGAGGUGGUACCCAGUGAGGGCGGUGAGGGAUCCACGGAGACCGGCACGGCCGGUUCUGCCCGGUCAGAAGAGCACGGCGAGGUGUUGGUGACGGCAGAUUUCACCGGCGCUAUUAAGGUGUUUCACAACCGCACGCGCCGCACAGAACCGGCCGUGCCAUGAGCAUCGCCAGCACGGCAGCCCUCCUUCCUCUCCGUCUAUGUCCCUGUCCGUGUCUCUGUCCGUGUCUCUGUCCAACUCUCACUUGGCGACAGCCACAACCUUGGCCCCUCUAUCUUCCAACAGCCACGCUCGGGUUGCAAUCUCUUAAAGGUACAAUAAGACCAUGACACACCAUGGUUAUGAAGAAUAUCUCACAAUAGCAGAGAGAGGGGAGAAUUUAAUGUAAAUGCAUUGCCUUGGGUGGUGAAUUAUUAUUAUUUUUACGCAGCUGACAAAAUCCGGGAUUUUUUACGUCCUGGCGAGACCGACAGAUUUUUCCCGUGACACAGUUUUGCCGCUUCCACGACAAGAGCACGAUUCUGGGAAAACUGGGGACGGGGACAACCCGAGCUCACUCGGCCACAGAAUGCGCUCCGCGAUGUUGUGAUCCUGCCGAGUGCCGUGGUGGUCGGAGCGCAGGGUAGCUCGCAAGCCCCCUGAGCAACGUUGAGUCUUGCCGAACUUAAAGGGAUUAUUCAUCAUCAUCAUUGCUUUCCAAAUCCCCGCAGAGAGGGGGAGGUGGGGCAUGCAUCGCUGUUGAUUCUCGAGGUAGAACGGUGAAUUGUUGAUGAACUAAUUCGUUUUUGAAAAUUGAAGUAGAGGUGCUGUCAGAUACUUGGCACAAGUACACUUAUGGGCACUACAGAGGCAGAAAAUUCCAGCCUCAGAAUUUAUUUGAGCUUCUCUUGAUUUCAGUUGCGGUGGGAAUGUGUGCCGCUUGUGGUUGGGGAAGUGGCGAGAUGUUGACUACCUCGCCUGGUCUGCAGGAGGUCGUGGGUGCGAUCCCGACCCUGACGCCUGCUGUAUAUUUGGAGUUUCCAUGUCUUUCUUACCGUGAUCGUGUUGAUUUUUCUCCGGGUCCUCCGGUUUUUCACUCCACAUUUAUAAACAUGCAUUUCGAGUAUUUGGCUGCUAUAAAUUUGCAUAUGAUAAGCCACUUUAUUGGCCUAUCAUUUGUGGCUAUGUCACUUCUGAAAAAGAGCUAUACAGCUCGGUGAGCCUUACCUGGUCAAAUAAAAAUUGUUUAUAGUUUAGUUUAAACGUGAACUCGUUGCAUUUCAACGCACGUACGAAUUUAGAAACACAGAUUCUUACGCACGCCAUUGGAUGCGUGUAUUGUUCGCUGAACCGAUGCAUCGUCUCGUCUCCCCCGUCUCUCUCCCACCUCCCCCCAUCGCCCGUGGGGCUACAUUAAAGUGUCAAUGCUCGGAGACGGGGCUUUCAUUGACGGUUGCGCAUCCACCAGCCACUGCUUCGCUAUCUGGCACAGCGUGCACGGACCAGGAUUUAAAUUGACGCCUCCCGAUGUCCGUGUAAUGCUCCUCCUCUGCCGCAUGCGGGCGUCAAAAUUGGGCCAAGUCGCGGGAUGCGACAGCGGUUCGUCAUACGACGCACAGCGAACUGCCCGUCGGUCCGCUGUGAGUAUUACGCAGCGGUCGCUUAGUAUACCUUAGACCAGGGGUCGGCAACCAAAAUAACAAGAAGAGCCAUUUCUUUCCAAUUCGGUACAAAAUUCAGUAUUUCAAGAGCCGCAAUGCAUCUGAGUACAUACUGUACAUACGUACUCAUCGUCAAGAAGCAGCCCGUAAAGAGCCGCAUGCGGCUCCGGAGCCGUAGGUUGCCGACCCCUGCCUUAGACCAUGUCCCGAUCAUAGCGUAUGGUUCUAUUACCCUGCUAAAUGCUGCUGAUGAUGUUGUUGAAUAAUCCCUUCAUAUGCGUGCGUGUUUUAAGUGUGUGUGUCUUGGUGUUAAAAAAAUUCUCCAAAGUUUAGACACAUUUGCAACUGCAAAAUCGCCAAGAGCAAAUUCUGGAGUGCCCUCGAACAGACAAAUGAAAUUCCCUCGCUGCACACAAAAGGCAUCGGGCGCACAAAGGACUGUGAGAUUACGCAGCCAAUUAUGUGUGGGUAUCGGGCGCCCAUUUGUGGUCACGACAUUUCUUGCGGGCCAGGAUGGUGGCUCAUACAUUGCCAAAAGAUGUGGUUUGGCUGAGCGAGUCAACCUCGCGUAUCGUUGGCUGCGGGGAUCUACAAACCCGUGUGGAGCUUUUUAUGCCUUUUGCGUGCAUCUCAAAGUUUCGCCGCGUUUCAUGAGAGGCUACACCGUAUUUAGUAUUAUGCGGCACGUGAUGUGCUACUCGCGAUGUCCGGAUGUACGACGUCUUUGCUACAGACUCGAAAGAAAACUGCAGAGUUGUAUUUCCGAGGCGUUACUUCCCCUUUAUGUGGAUGGAUUGGGUUGAGCCUCAAACAUGUUUAGCCUACAACACGUUUAAAACGAAAGGGAGGCGACGUAACGAUAUGUGCGGGUGUUCACGUGCGGGGGCACCCGCGCGCGGGUCUUAACGUGCGAGAGAAAAUUGACGUGGCUUGACGUGACCGAAGCAUUUUAAUCCUGGGACGAUUCGCAAUCGUGCUUUGCAAGCGAAGUGCGGGAAAGCAAGCCGUCACCGUCUGUUUUGAGUUUCACGAGCGGUGGGGGGUGAAUCUGGGAGCAGUUGUUAUUUUAAAAUUUCUUCCCUUAUCUGGAAAUUCGGCUGCGUUUCGGAGGCACUUUGCGAUCAGCGAUUCUGCGAUCGAUGGAAAGGUACACUUGGUUGCAGAUGAUUUUUGUUGGAGGGUGCGAUAUGAUUUUGAUUUGGGCUAGCAGCUAGUUGUUUUUCUGCAAGCGCGUCUGAGGUUUUCAUUCCAUCAUCCCUCACUUCGCGCUGCAAUCUACGCGUGCGUUCACUGCAUCACGUUACAGUAAUCGGUCUGCCCAAUUACUGGCCUGAAAUCCCGUAUGAUCACUGUUUUCAGCGGGUUAUCGGAUUACUUUUCUUAGCACGUAACUGCUGAAUGCUUUGUACAAAUAACUUUCAUUUUGUUAAUUUAUAUUUUAAUGAUUUCAAUCACUUUGUUAAAGGAGGGGUAAGUGUUUGUGACAGCAGCUGGCGUUGAUGCGAGGGCGGAAGCAGCCAAUUCACGCAGAGUACACUCCCCGAAUAAAGUCAUCGUAAAAGCAGUUGGAUUACAUUCCUUUGGAAACGCCAGAUGCAGGCCGGAUUACGUGAGGUGGCUGUUAGAUGGGAGUACGGGAAGUGGGUUACUGACCUAUCUGUGUUGGUAAAUUUUCUUUUGUAAUAUCUCGUUUGUACCUGAGAAUUCUCUGGGUACUCUGGUCUUUCCCAUUGCAUGAGGAAUCAGUCGAAUAUCGUCAAUUUCAAGACUGGUGAUACUGGAUUCUGGAAAAUCCUGGAGGCUGUGCUGGGUAAAUUAAUGACCCAACUAUGUUUUAGCCGCUUAAUCCUCCCGUUUUCUCAUCGUUAAACACCUAAUCGUUGCUUUUCAAACGCUUUCGUUCAACGCGUGCCGCCUUCAAACACGCAAUCUCAACAAACCUUCUAAGUUGUGAAUAUUUUUCUCUGCGUUGUAUUAAACGUGUCUUUAUUUUAUUUUGGUAUUGCUUUUCUGAGAUAAUAAUUGCCGUUUCCCGUGUCGUAUGAAAUCUGCCGUGUCCCCUACUCUGAAUUGUGCGCUUCUACCAGACUUUUGCGCGUCCUUUACCGUGUGCCCGGGGGCUGUGUGGAUACGUCGGCGUAACGUGCACCGAAUGGCAACAGCAGAGCAACGUGUGAUUUGGUUCGAAAGGCAUCAGCCUCGCAACAUUUGACGUCUUGUAUUUUUGUACAAUGUUUUUCUCGCCGACCGCAAUAUUUUACUCGAUUUGUCGUCGCCGACUGAGAGAAACACGGGUUGGUCUUCGCUUCCUUCCUUCUGCCUGGUCUCGCACAGCUUGCUGCAUGGCCAACACCCGACUGCCACGGUCUAGUCUCCCACCGAACAACGGAGUCAAGCCCUUGACAAUAAUAUCCGUGGCAUCCACAGACAGAUACCAUUGGCCCUUACACGAGAGGGGGCAUCGUUACAGGACGUUGGGUAGGAACCUACCGGUCUCUUUCCCAUUCAAACUUAAUACAUUUGCCGAUUAUAGAAAACGUAACUAUCAAAUCAAGAUGCCUCCUCCUCUGCCGGAUUACUAUUUGAACAUUUGGCAUGGGGGAAGUGGCCUCGUGUCUCGGGCCUUUUCAUAAUGUGGCCGUGGCGGAGGUGCUGAGUUGGCAGCUCUGAGAUCCUGGGUUCGAAGUCAUCUCGCAAUGACGACACGGGGUUCUCUCUCUCUGGCACGCGUCCGUGUUACUCAGCCCGCUCAACGGUGACCGCUUUACCCGAUCCAACAUUCCAGUUCCGAGGGGCACUCAUCGCUCCCGUUUGCAACGCCGCGAUCAGCGUUCUUCAGAGACCUAAUGAGCUGUGGCCAGCUGGAUGGGGCUUUGCCGGAUAAAUGAAUAGCGUAGUUUAGUUUAGUAGAUAAUUCACUGCAGGGGUGGAGUGGUGGCCCAGUGGUGAGCGCACACCGUGCUAUGAACCCGACAAGCCGAGUUCGAUUUCCAGCCACGGCUGACAUCCGUGGCGAGUGAUAUCAGAACCGGUCCUGCCCAUCCCAACCAACCCGCACUACUAACCAGUGUGGUGAAGUAUUGUUAAAUAAAAAAUAAAAUGUAAAUCCUGUGACUGACAUGGUGUGGUGGUGGGGGGGGGAGGUCUUAAUCCAUUGGUGGAUUGGGAAUGGCUGGAAUCUAUUUAUUAUUCUUCUCUUUUACGUGUCCGAGAAGGUGGAGGCAUCGCGUGAGACGGCGCUGUGUCCGGGGGGCCAGGGCCCCGUGCCGCGGGGGGCCGUCGCUGCGACGGCCCCCCUGAGCGUUGUUGCGGUGGAGGCCGCCGCCUUGUCCCAGAACCUGCGUGGCGACGCUGCAGCGUCGUUUUAAACGUAAAAAAAUAAAAUAAAAUAACAACGCGUGCGGAAGUGUUUUACCUAAAAAAAAAACAUCGAAUUCGAUUUUUUUCCGCUGCCUCCCGCCGAUGAUUAAAAAAGACGCGGGUGGCCGCUUUAAAGUGGGAGCAGCUAUAGGGUUAUCCACUCGUGAAGGCAAAGGUCCGCUGGCCUGCGUGACUCACGCCGCUGCUGGCGGAAGAGCCUCCGCUAAGGGGGGGGAGUGCCAUGGAGCGAGUCCCCGCUCGAGCGUGUUUUUGGCCUCCUCUUCCACGCUGGUUCGACGUCACGGGGAGCGGAGGGAGUCCCACCAACACUUAACGUCUGGGAUAGAUUACAUUCAGUUGUGAGUCCUUAAGAGGGAGCCUUCUCGUGCACACACAAAAACUACAACCCCUUCACCAAUCUUCGCGAAACCUAACGGAAUCCAGAUUCGUAACGUUAUGCCGUGUGUCGGUGCGAUUACAUCUGCAUGCACUCCUAUCUGCACGCAGUCGAUGACAACCUCCUAACGGCAGGAAUCGGGCUCCCUUUAAAGACUGGCUUUGCCGGCUUGUUCUAAUUCUCGCCACAAAGGAGAAAGAUAAUGGAUUUGGCCCCUAAGUUCAUUGUGAAACUGUCUUGAUAAGGCCGGCACGGGAGUACUUUCUCUGUGCGCGCCCUAAAUGGGUUUCCUAAUGCAUUUUGAGCUGCAUUUAGCCAGUGACACGGCAACUAUUUACCCCAUUGAAAUGUAAAAGUCAUCGAUGAUUGUAUUUUUUUGGAAAUCACGCUCGCUCCCAUUCUCGUACACACACGCGCAAUGCUUGCACACACGUCUAUACAGACCACAUGCAUAGGUGCACACACGACUCUUUUUGUCAAUCCGCUGCUAGAUGAGGGCCUCCCCGCGCCGUGCGGGGUCGUGCUUGGUGGAGUUGGGGGGGGGAGCAUAGACGUGGUAGAGUACAAGGUGGAGUGUUGAGGCCUGAAGCAGGCCCGGCUGCCUCUUUCUGCUCGGUGCUGAUGUUUGUCUGUUCGUGAGAGUAUGGCGACCGCUUCAGACAAUCUCCACUCGAGUUGCCGUGGCUGGGAAUCAAACAGAGGUCGCAGGGUUUGGUCUGUGCCCUAACCGCAGCGCCACCGCUCCUCGCACGCAAACAGAUGAAUAAACACGUACCACACACAUGCUCCAUACAAAGAUAAAGCUAAAGCCCCCCCUUCCCCAUAUAGACUUAACAGACCGUUGAGACAAGUGCUGUUAGCGAGCUUCUACGAAGGCCGGCAUGGCAUACGAGGGGGUUGGUGGUCGGCACGGCACCCAGCCGCCUUUGUCUCCCUCGUGGCGAUAUUUACUCCUCACCAGGUGGUUGAGUGGACCUAGGGGAGGCCCAGGACCGGUUCGGAUAAUCGUCACCGGUGUUCGCCGUGAGCGGAAAUCGAACGCAGGUCGACGGGUUUUGUAGCACAGCGCGCUAACUGCUACUCCACUCCCGCUGCACACGUACGCUCAUGGAUAGACACGGGUAGACGUGUCCACACACAUACGCACAUGUGCAGUCAAGCACAAUUCACAUACACUGCGAGUGUGAAUAGAAAAUUGUAUGUAAAGGGAAACAAAAUUGUGAUGCGAUGGCAAAUAAAUGUGUGUGCAGAUUUUGGCGAGAGAUGAUUGUCCACAAUGCACGUGGCAUUCAAUUUAAAAAUCGCACCGACCCAUCGUAAAUUGUGACAUUCAGCUUCAUUAUCGUACCCGUAAUAGCACAACCGGUAUUUCACCAUUAUUUAUUCGCGCCUGCAGAUACAGCAGUAGCUGCUGGCAUUUUAAAUGCAUGGCCUAAGUUUGCAAGGAAUUGAACCUGCAACUUUUAUUACAAUAGAAAAUUAUAGCUGACCCCAGGUCUGUGUUGCUAUAAGAGAGAAACAGCUCUUGUCACCCUGCACAUAAAUAAGGGAUUAAUCAAUGCGAUCCGCCGACUUCAAUUUAACCCGAUUAUCUGAGUGGGGGGGGGGGGGGGGGGGUGGGUCCCCUACUGAAUGGCGCUGAGAUUUUGAGGUGUGGAGCCAAAUAUGCCUGGCGCAGGACCCUCCUCUGGCUCGAUCAGAGGCUCGUGAAUGAGCGCGCGGUAUUCCUGGGUUCAGGCCGUACCGAUGGACGGUGAUAAUGGUGAAAAUGCAAUUUUAUUUGUUGUUAAUCAACAAUUUGGUGAAUGCUAUUUUGUUGGUGGUUUUUCUAUGUUCGAGACAGGUCUCAUGUCAUGCUUGUGCUCAAAUCUUUGCAGCCUUAUGUUGAGAUUUUUAUAUCUAUGUUUAAAAAUACAUCGGCUUAAUUUUCCACCAAACGGUGUCCCGGUUGUGCUGUUAACGGCACAACGAGCGAAGCUUAUUAAAACUCCCAAGUAGCCCAGUGAUCCUGGUGAGAGAUCAAUCUUACAAUGGCUUGUGGACUGGACUUUCCUCCGACGUGCGUUCUUCUUCCAAGUCCCGUCGCGUACCUGCGCUUUAUUCGUCGGAGUGCAUUCAGAUUUGUGUUAUUUAUGCAGUCGUCAGUGACGGAGCCGAGGCGUGAAAACUCCGCGCGCGCAGAAGAGCCGUGUCUAAUCGCGCGGCGGGCGUUUUGUGUUAAAACGAGUCGCCGAUGACGUGUCCAGCGACGCGCUAAGUCAUUCCACGUUUUUAUUUAAAGUUGCCGAAUUCUGUUACGGACUAAAGUGUGUUUCGCACCGUUGGGUUACAACGUGCGUCAGCUUUUGUACGGCGGCUGAGAUUCGCAAAGUGUGAGCCAUUCCUUUCUGCUUCCCGAGCUAAACCCGUUGUAAAUACGGAGAGUUCUACGCAACCUUUGUUGGGAGUGAUGCCGGGACUAAAAUACUUGGAAUCAACUGUUGACGCGGAUGGUUUUUUUUUUACGAAACGACUUUAUUGUGUUUGUGUAUCCGCCCUUUGUGUCGCUUAACUCGGAAAGAGUUCUCGUUAGGCAUCUGUAAACACACUGUCGGUGAUGGGAAGAGUCUGUGAACUGGUGUUGAAAGCGAUGACAAAGAAAUCACUCUCCUUCGCAUGUUUAUGUCUCUCCACAUCAAGUAAAAGUGUUUCUUCCUUCGAUUUGGGAUCCCAUAGCUUCAAGAGAGGAGCCGUGCUUAUGAGAUUGGCAGUUCACUAAUAUUGACUCGAGCAGCAGGUCUGACCGCUGACGCUGAGUGUCAAAACCGGCCAAGGGUUUGCUCGUCUUGAAACAAUGCCGCUUUGAAGGCGUGUACACUCCCAGAAGGCCGUCCCGGCCGAUGGCAUGUGUAAGGAAUACUUUUAUAUAUUUUUUGUACGUGUGGAGAGACGGAUCAUCCGCUUUUUUAUUUUGAAAGCGACGAGUGGCCGUGAACGAAGCUGCGUUGAUUUCUCCGUACGGUCUCUGUGAAGCGAAAUGACAUUGGUCCAUCAUUGCCAUCGUCGCACCAAGGCUAUUGCUACUCGGCCUGCCGACAUCGCCCGCUGCACCAUCGCCACUCGCCGAUCACUCUCCCCGAAAGUGAUUUGUGAAUUGGCAGCAUGUGGGACGUGCUGGGAGCCAGGCAUGCUGAACGUGGGGGGGGGGGUUUCUCCAGAUUGUUAAGAUUUUUCUGCAUUUUUCAGUUGACUCGCAAACACGGGGUGUUUUCAACCCAUUGUGAAAAUGCACUUCAGCGUCAAAUUUGGCAAAGUGUUGCAUUUUUGCGCCAUGCUUCCGCUGGGUGCUGAAGCACCCUGCUAGUGAUGUCGUGAAGCGGACUUUUCCAUCGGCCCUUGUGUGAGCACAGCCUUAAUCCAUUCCCUUUGCCAAUCCACAGCUGGAUGAUUAAGCUUCCCCCCCAUCCCCCACCCAUACUGUUUCAGUCCUGAGAUUGUUUCACCGCACCACCCAAGGGCAGUUUUGGUUAGCGCGGUUGUUAGCGUGGUGGUUAGAGCGGUGGUUAGCGCGGUGGUUAGCGUGUGCACCGCCGCUCUGCACCACACGUCAUCAGUUCCACUACAGGUCACAGGUCACAGCUCACAGGUCACAGCUCACAGGUCACAGGUCACAGCUCUCACAGCUUUCACAGCUCUCACAGCUCUCACAGCUCUCACAGCUCACAUUCAUGGUGAGUGAUAUCUGAACCGGUCCUGCCCCCCCCCCCUCCACCUUCACCAAACUGCACUACUGACCUGCCUGGUGACGUAUGGCCUAACAACCAUCGCCGACGUAGCGUGGGGCAGGCCGCCUUCCAGAAGUAAUUUUUUAUCAUUAUUUUGAAUUCAUGCCAUGCACAACCAGUUUACAUUUUCACGUGAAUUCUGCUGUCUUCAAUGCUUGCUUGGCGUUUCAAGCGACCAACUCACGGCCAACUUGUCAUUGAGACUCGCAGUGGAAUCGGCAUUUGGUAAGUUUUCCUACGAGCUGGAAAACCUGGUCGAUUUCAGAUGGAGCUAAUGAAGAAUUGCACCCAGGUACAAGACGUUCAUAGGUGUGGGGGGGGGGGGGGGUUGGUGGGUCACGAAUAGAUAGUCACGUCCUGCAAAGUUCCCAAACCACUGGGCUGCGAGAUGGCCAGGAUGUGGCAGUACAGCAAGUGGGUGCUUGACUCGUAUAUGCACUCCGUUCAUUGAUAUCUCCUCCUAUGAUCCAGGUUCUUCCCACUUGCAAAGCACUCGACAACAACAACAACGGAAUUGACCAAAAGCACCAAUGCAAGACCCUCUUGAAAGUGGUUCUGGAUUCGGUGAGGCUCCCCUGCAUGAAGGACAAUUUUAUUAACAAUUGACAUUGCAUUUAAUAAAAUUGCUUUCAACAUUAUUUGAAUACGUAUCUAUAUAUGUAAACACAUAGAUCCGUCAGCACAAGAAUAUUGGCACGUACCCUUCAGCACGUGAGCGGUCACUGUUGCACAUUCGGUCGUGGGACUUCGACGUCAACUCCAGCUGGUUCGGCAAAGUUGUGCGUGCGGUAAACUGAUGUGUAUGAGAGAGUGGUUUGGCACUGGAUUCACCAUCGUCGUCGUCGUCAUCAUCGUUGUGUUUCAUUCAUCCUGUUAUCUCCAUUCGAUAAUUCGCGAUCGUCACAUUUUUUUUGUUCGUUAGGUUAUCAUCGUCUAGUCAAAUUUUUAUCGCAUUUCAUCACCGGCAAAGUAGCAUCACGUUUCAUCUCAUCUUCAGCCACGGCCCGUCCAACUGCUGGAUGAAGGCCUCUCCAAACCACCGCGUAUCACUUAAUUGUUAAAGUCGUAUUUAUAGCCAUGUUUAUUGUCGUCGCGUUUAUUGAAAUCAUGUUGCUAUUGUUAUUUAUCCCUGUUAUCACCACAGUAAAUCACUUUUUUUGCCCUAAAUCACAACUCCAUUGAUCUCAUGAUUUUCAUUACAUGGUUGCAAUCACGUCAUCAUGAAACAUCAUCGGUCACCACAAUCACCAUUAUCAUCACUCUUAGAACGGCAAUUCAACUGGAGUCGCUGCCACCCGUGGCCCAUUUGAGCACAUGGGACGCGAUGCUCAUGGGGCCAUGGAGACUGCAUAUUUGUGCUGUUCAACCGCCGCAGAACUUCCCAUACACACGCGUGGUGGUGCUUGUGUGUAAACGUACAGCCCUUCAGUCGGUCUACUGCUGAAUGAGGGGCAAUCCCCAUUGCGGGCAGCUCGCCGUGCAGAGUUACUACUUCACCCUGCUUCACCGUGCUGCUCUGUGCGGGUUUGCCGUUGAUGGCGGAGGGUGGGGGGGGCCGUGAGCAUCCACGUCGAGAGUCACAGCUCGGCAAUUAACAGGUCGGCAAUUAACAGCUCGGGUUUUGCUGCACCAGCACCCUCCUGGCAACGGAGCCCCGCAGCCGCCCGGAGCAACCGGUGGUGGCCCCGCCGUGGUGGCAGUCUCCCAGCCCAGCCCAGCCCAGCGCUGGUUCGGGCCUCUUCCCUCUUGCUUAGGCUCCCGAGAUCUGAAGAGGUGGCGGCGGGGGGGGGGAGCAUUCCGGCCGAUCGGGUCACGGUGUACGUGAAUGUUGUGUAUAUAUUCUGUAAAUGACUGCUGAUAGGCACCUUAAGAAGAGCGUUUCGUGGUUAUUUGCGUAAAGCAAACGACGCGCAUGUGCGUGCUUGCACGUUCUUGCCAGAGUGAGUGCACGGCAGCCUGGUUGCUUGGGAGUAUGCAUUGGUAUGAGCACUUUGGCUGUGGUGGUGGUGGUGGGGAAACGCAGCCAUGUGUGAGCGGUGUGCAUUGGAUUUGGUUUCAUUUGGUUUGCGACAAAUGUUCUCCAAAAUUGUCGCCCAGCGGCGGUGUGGCUAUCGAGAGUGCAGGCGGUGCAACUGCGUCCUGCGCCCCACCGACUGGAGGGGCGCUGAUGCCGGGAACCGACCCCCGCUUAGUUUCCUGUACCAUGGCCGAUGCCGUCUGUGCCGCCACCGAUGGCUGUGUUUGGGGUUAUUGUGUUACAUCGAUGCGAUUCGGUACUAAAGCUUCGUUCAUAUGGGGGAUUUCUUUCUGCUUAACAUGUUCUGAUGGGCGGCGACUCUGCGUGCAACUGAUGUUCAGUGUCUCCUUGUGGUAUUUGUUUAUUAAACG